AACCUCACUCGCUAGGGUUAGGGUUUUUCGCUUUCGCCGCGCACUCCCCUCUGCUAGGAAGAAGAAGAAGAAGAAGAAGAAGAAGAAGAGGAGGAGGCUAACAAUGGCGGAUACGAAGGCGGUGACGAUCCGAACUCGCAAGUUCAUGACCAAUCGCCUCCUCUCCCGGAAGCAAUUCGUCAUCGACGUGCUCCAUCCAGGGCGAGCGAACGUCUCCAAGGCGGAGUUGAAGGAGAAGCUGGCGAAGCUGUACGAAGUGAAGGACCCGAACUCAAUCUUCGUCUUCAAGUUCCGAACUCACUUCGGUGGGGGAAAGUCCACGGGAUUUGGGCUCAUCUACGAUUCCGUUGAUAGCGCUAAGAAGUAUGAGCCCAAGUACAGGCUCAUUAGGAACGGGCUUGCUACAAAGGUUGAGAAGUCAAGGAAGCAGAUGAAGGAGCGGAAGAAUAGGGCCAAGAAGAUCCGCGGAGUGAAGAAGACGAAGGCUGGAGAUGCUGCAAAGCAAGGGAAGAAGAAAUGAGAGGUUGCCGCAAUGAUAAACUUGCUCUUUUUUAUGUUUUAUUUACUUCCCAAUUUUGGCUUUUGAUAGAUGGACUUUGUAUUAUGGAUCAUUCUGAAUUUCUAGAUUCAAGUUGUAGUCAUUAACUAUCUAAGAUUUUCAUUUUUUUUUCCCCCCCUCUCUUGUACUUGGCUGUUCUUAAGUAUCCUUUUUGUUCCCUGUGUGAUCACAGCUGCUCA